UGUGUUGUCCACGCGGAGUAUGACGAGACCAUGGUGCCAACAUUGUCCAACUCCAGCUUUCGGCGCGCACCGCUGGCUCGCGACGCUGCAGAGGCAGUACGAGUACCUCGCUGUUCUGCACUCCAGCCAGGUCCCAAGAGGCGACAACGACAACAACACAGGGAGGCGUGAGGUGUUUCGUUUGGGUCCAAGAUCACAAGACUAAUGUGACAAAAUUGUGUGUGUUGCACACUCUACUUCUAGCAAAUGGAAACAGCUGUUCUUGCUUGUAGAACUAGAGAAGGGGAGGAACUGCAGCGUCAAUAUACAGUUGCUGGAACUAAUGACAGACUAGCAGAGCUGGAGUGUGACCAUUUCUCCCUAAGAUGAACGCAGAGCUGUGGGUGCAGUCGCCACGUCUGCUCAACCGCAAAAUCAACUUUCUGAGGUAUAACAAGCGGGUGGCGGAGGGGCAGUGGGCUGUGAUGGACGUGUCUGUCGACGGCAUCCUUGGACUGCCAGCAGGUAGCCGCACCACUGAUGACGCCGCCGUUGCAAACAACACAACAGGCUGCAGGCUGCUGCUGUCCGGCUGCCUCAUUGAGGACAUGGGCAAGGGCAAUGGCUACUGCAAGAUCACAUGGGUUGUCCACGCGGAGUAUGACGAGACCAUGGUGCCAACAUUCAGGCCACUGCUCCGCUCCGGUAAGGCUUUCGGCGCGCACCGCUGGCUCGCGACGCUGCAGAGGCAGUACGAGUACCUCGCUGUUCUGCACUCCAGCCAGGUCCCAAGAGGCGACAACGACAACAACACAGGGAGGCGUGAGGUGUUUCGUUUGGGUCCAAGAUCACAAGACUAAUGUGACAAACUUGUGUGUGUUGCACACUCUACUUCUAGCAAAUGGAAACAGCUGUUCUUGCUUGUAGAACUAGAGAAGGGGAGGAACUGCAGCGUCUAUAUACAGUUGGUGGAACUAAUGACAGACUAGCAGAGCUGGAGUGUGACCAUUUCAC